AUGGCGAAAACACCAGAGAGCAGCGGUAUGGAUUUAGGAGAUGUUUCCCAUAGCUGCAAUUCACAAGCUCUGAAAGUUACAACAUCAACAACAACAUCAUCAUCAUCACCACCACCAUCAUCUUCCCUCAGCAGCAGUGCUCACCUUCAGCUAGAGGCAGCAUCACCACCGCCCCUCCAAGUUCUCCAGUUGAAGAGGCAUCAUAAGCAGUACUAUAGCCAUGGCCAUGAUCUGUUACCUAAGAAGAGCCCUCUAGAUAAUACAGUGAGAGAUUUGUCAUCAUCCUGUGUCUAUGAGGUACCUGACUCUGGUGGUGUUUCCCAGGACCCUGACUCUGCAUCUGCCAUGGCCUUAGCUGUCACAACCACAGUUUGCUCUGGUGUUGAGGCUAGAGAUGUAUGGAAGUCUGGAUACCUGAGAAAGAUGAAGCACAGCCACAAGAGAUUUUUUGUCUUGAGAGGGCCAAGUGACACAGGCCCCAGCCGUUUGGAGUACUAUGAUAGUGAGAAGAAAUUUAGAAAUGGAAGGAAAUCCGUUUGUAAAUCUCCCAGUGCUGUGGGUUCUCCAAAGAAGGUGAUUUAUCUGUAUCAAUGUUUUACUGUUAGUAAAAGGGUAGAUUCUAAACACAAGCACCUGAUAGCCCUGUACACUAAGGAUGAGCACUUUGUCAUGAUAGCGGCGAAUGAGGAGGAGCAAGAGGAUUGGUACCUGGCUCUGAGUGAUCUGGUGAUCCAGGAGAAAAAGGAGUACCAGGACGCUGAGGAGUUGGAUGAUGGAUACUGGACCGUCUCUCCUGGAGCCAUCUUCAAGGAGGUGUGGCAGGUGAUUGUAAAGCCCAAAGGUUUAGGACAAACCAAGAACCUGAUAGGAGUGUGCCGGCUGUGUCUCUCUGCCAAGACCAUUCACCUGGUGAAGAUGUGCUCUGAGAUGACGUCUGUGAACCUGCCCCUGAUGAAUGUGCGUCGCUGUGGUCACUCCGAGAGCUUCUUCUUUAUGGAGGUGGGCCGCUCGUCCUCCACUGGGCCCGGAGAGAUCUGGAUGCAGGUAGAAUCAGGCGACCCUGUGGUGGCUCAGAACAUGCAUGAGACAAUCCUGGAGGCCAUGAGAGCCCUGAGGGCCAUCCCUGAUUUCAGGCCUCGGAGCAAGAGUCAGUCAUUCCCAUCAAACCCCUGUGCCGUAGUCACCACACGACGUCAACACCAUGGCAACCUCCCACCCAGCCUGACUGGGUUACAGCGCUCUAUAAGGGUGGAAACUGUUGUGAGCAAAGCGUCCCCACAGAAAGAUAAAGGAGAUGGAGGCCACAGCCCCAAUCAAACUUCUAGCCAUGGAGAGGGGACAAUGAACCAACUGAUCAGCCCAGGGACUGGCACCUUGGCUCUCCGUAAUGUCUGCAUCAGUAAAAGCCUUGAAGAGAGCCUCAGUCACUGCAUCUCCACCACCAUCAGUGUAUCCAGUAGCAGUGGCAAUGACUCUGAUACACACCCCUGGACCUCUGACACUUCAGUCUUUGGUUCUUCCAGCGACAGAGGCUCUGUCUGCGCUGAGGAUUUGUGCUCCAACCCAUGUGUCUUUCAGCUGUCCAGGAGGAACACCCCUGACUCACUGUUUAACACCACACUCAUUGACGAGAACAGCUUGACUGACUACGUGGCCAUGGAUUUGCAGGUAACGGCUGUGGCCGGGGCUAAUCAAGGAGAUAGCUAUGAUGUGGAAACGUCUAAGCCUGAACAUUCCAGACAAUACCACCAAACCACCUCAUGCACUCCAAAAUGUGAAAAAUACCUCUCAUCCAAGCCCCCCUUCCUCCAUAUCUAUAAUCAGAGUAAACUCCCAGUGGGGGAAAGUUAUAUGCCAAUGACUUGUGGACCAGGUCCUCAUUAUACAGAUGACAUCCCUUCAGAUUACAAUGUGACCCCCACUCUUCUUCAAACACCUAGUGCUACCAUGUUGCCCUCAGACCAGCUGGGGCCCCAGGGCUACAUGAUGAUGCUUCCACGUAGCUGUUCACCAGCAAAGGACAGCCUCAGUGAUGUAGUGUGUGAUGAAUACAUGAACAUGUCUCUCGGGAGCCACAUGGAUGGUCAUACACAUGGCUCACCGGAGGCUCUUAAGUCCUACAGCUCCUAUUCCUCUCUACCAAGCUCUAACCAGCCUCCUUCACAGAAGAACUGUGAACAUGAUGACUGUAUCUUCAUGUGUCAUCCUGCAGCUCAUCACUGCUCUGCAGUUGAAUGGAACAGUAGAAACCCUCUCUGUAGCUCACCUCGUCACUCUUCUCAUCCAAGCAGUGAUGUGCUGCUGAACCUAUCAGAUGUGCCUGUGUUGAAUGUCACUGGUUUGUCCUUGGACCAGCAUGGGGUUGAAGAUAGUGACCUGCCCACUCAAACUGAGUCUAUCCAGAUUUCAACAGAUCGUCUCAACUACAUUGCCUUCUACCUGAGGGAUGAUCAGUGUGCCACCUGUGAUGUCCCUUUGCCUACCGACGAGGUCACUUCUCCACUUCCUGCACGUACCAGUCCCAGAGAGAGUGGGUCUGGACCCGGACUCUACACUGGCAUAGACCUCCCCACAUCAGCAGGGCAGACUGCUGCCACCAGACGCUGGCUGUGUUCUUGUCUCCCCUUGUGUAUCAAUACUGAUGACAGUGAGUAA